AUGCACCCCGCAGAGUUGUGGCUGAAGGCUGAAGUUAUUGAACUAAAUGAGUCACGCUGCGUUUCUGGUGAGCGUCACAGAGCGAAAAAAUCGGACGUACAUGGAUUUCCACAAUAUGACAGCAAAACUCUACUUAACCUGGAUUUCAAAACUGAGCUCUUACUGCAAGGUGGUCCGAAAAGAAUGUCAAAGACCGAACAUUAG